GUGGCCACUGGACGGGGGAAGGGAAGCUGAGAUUGGAGGGAGAAACACUCAAAAACUGAGUUUUCAGAUCUUGUGUACAUAUGACAGCCCCUUCUCAGGACUCUGAACACUCAAGAGCUCUAUCCAUGACCCACAUUUCACUGGACACCUUCAGUUCUCACUUUGGACGUUUGCUUCAGUUUCAUGUGAGGCUGAAGACAUAACACAGCUUUGGUGCAGGUGAACUGUAACUGUACUGGUACCUGUGGGUGUGUACUGGAUUUGUCUCUAGUGCCAAAAUAAUGAAGUGUCGACGGGGAGAGCCAAGCCCCGAAAAGCAAUGUCAUCCCCCAGCUUCUGUGUACGUCUGAUGGGGCUGAGGCACGGACCCACUGGCCAAGCAGAUCUGUGGAGGAGAGGGAGGAGGCAGGUUUCCAGGAAACUUGUGCAUUGAUGGAUCGCCAUUUCUUCUUGUCAGCUCUUGUGGACUGAUACCUGCAUAUUCCUGUCAGUGUGCACAUUCAAGGUUAGACUUAAGGGGAGCUAAUAUAACCAGGCUGCCAUCAAAACAACACAAUCAUCGCAAUUACACAGAAGAAGAGAAUAUGAUGUGUACAGUAUGGAUUUCUGCUACCAGUGACAGUUUGGGGGAAUCAUCCUGGUGACUGUGGACGUUGAGUUCUCUCUGUAUAUGAGGAGAAAAGCGUAGAUACUCGCAGUCACUACAAAUGUGCACUACAGAAACCAUGGUGGUCCUCACAUCAGCUCCUCAGUCCAUCUCAGUCCAUGACUACAGAAGCCUUUAGAGGCCACCAUCAGGAACACGCUCGCCAGCCAACACACUCAUAUGCAAUGGAGGAAGACAUUGAUGUCACAUCACACACUGAGGGCCUGAAUGGUUUGUCCCGUGAAUGUAAACCAUUAGAGGAUAUCACUAACGGACACUCCAACCAUAAGCCUGUCAUGAACGGACUGAUAAUUAGUCAUAAUGUCAAAGACCACACCAAUGGCAGCGCACCACUCAGAUCCCUGCCAAUUUCAGCACUGAAGCAGAACGGUCUUCUGCAGACCCUGGCAGCCGGAGGGGACCAGCCUAAACCUGCAGAGGAAAAUGUGGAGUUGGAAAAGGCCAGACAGGAGUGGGAGGCUCUCGAGAACGUCCAACCAGCUCUCACUGAGGACUUGAACCCAACCCCGCUCAUUUCCUUCAAUGAAGCCCUGCAGUACUUCCAGACCACAGACCUCGGGGACUUGCUGAAGAACAUCCAGCCAACCAUUCGCAGGACAGGUCUGGCCGCGAUCACACACUUCCUCUUUGGACCACCACGGCUGCACAGGGAACUCCUGGAGGAGAGGGAUCUGGUCUUUGCCAUCGCUCAGUGCCAUGUGGACAACAGCCAAACAGUCCACAUGCGUGUCCUUCAGACCAUUUAUAAGAGGCUGAUUGGAAGCAGGCUGGACUGUCCUCGCUUUGGGGCGCACUGGGAAAACAUCGGCUUUCAGGGUGCAGACCCAGCCACUGACCUACGUGGCACUGGUUUCCUUGGAUUGAUGCAUACGCUGUACUUUGUGAUGGACCCAGAGACUCUACCGUUGGCUAGAGACAUCUACAAGUUAUCACAACACCCUACACAGAACUUUCCAUUCAGUGUGAUGUCAAUCAACAUGACCCGCAUUGCUCUGCAAGUACUUAGAGAGGAAGCCUUGUCCAAGGAGUGCAAUCGUCGUCAGCAAGUGGUUGGUGUGCUGAAUGAGUUCUACGUUGCCACGUAUCUGCACCUGUACCAACUGUGGAAGACCCAACAGAAGACCAUCGUUGACUCUGGCUUUGUGCUAAAAGAAGUGGAGCUGUUUGCCAAAAAGAACCCCAAGCAGAUGCUGCGCCGACUAGAGGUCUUCCUGAAAGAGAGGCGGGCAGGUGGAAUCCCCCGUGGGACGUCGCCAGACCCUCAGGCCCAACAGCCCUCUCCCAGCCUGGGGGCCAGAGCCGGGACGGGACAGGGAAGCAAAGGAAAGGAGAUGCACUUCACGGGAGUGUGUGAUCUACCGCCAGACAUGGAGGGAGAGGCCAGACUCAUCUAAGCUAGACUCUGUGUGUGUGUGUGUGUGUGUGUGUGUGUGUGUGUAUGUGUGUGUGUGUGUGUGAGAGAGAGUGUGAGAGAGCAAUCCUGUUUGUGAGUAUAUCUAUCACGGUAUGUGCGGUUGGCUUACUCUCAGAGAGCUAGAACCCCACCAGUCCCUGAUCUAGGACCUGCUAUCUGAAGCUAUUCAAACACUUCCACUCCUUCCACCGACGCUGGGGUGCUGCACUUUGAUCAGAUUAAGCUUGGGGGUCUCUCAGAGUUAUAUUUGAUUUUUUUAAUCAAUGAUUAAUUUAUUUUUUUUAAACAAAGAACAGUCAAAUAUAAAGAGCUGAUGCAGGUCGGAAACACAAGAUGUCACAAAAACAAAGUGAAUGUGUGUGCACUUUUUUUUUGUGGAUUUAGUAGCCUAAUCGAUAGCUGCCAAAUUCUUGUGUUUAAACUCUACCUGCCUAGAAGUCCAAAACGUACACACUUGUGUUCCCUAGGAUCACUCAGUCAGGGUGUAUUAGCAUUGCAGAGGGGGCUAGCAUGGCAUGGAACGGCUUCUUUACAGACUUGACGUUCUUUCUCGCUCUGAGAUACGGCUCAAUCUCACAGGCACACUAACAGCUCAUUAUGUAAGCUGAGGGUAGCAUUGUCGGGCAUAUUGUUAAACGCUCUGUUAACUUAAUGGUGAUAAGAGAGAAAUGAACCAGUUUCAUGUCCCGCUACAGAGCAAACAAUCAGGUUUUCUCUCAGCAUGAGUGGAGAGUGGCAGAUAGAAAACCCGGGGAGGUUACAGAGCUUUUUGAGCGGGAAGCAGAAAUUGUCAGCACAUGUUGUUCUCAGAUAUCUCACACAGAAGACUUUGAAUGCAGCUUGCUUUAAAGGUCUGAUCACUUUGCAUUCUCUAGUAGAGCACGAGUGAAAUAUACGUUGUGGAAGAUGUAGAAGAGCGGACACUCAGUCCAGAUGUGUGUUGGUAGAGCCAGUUGUUGGUACACUUAUAUUUGCCAGGAAUUUGAUAGAGUAGGUGCAGAGCUCCUGCCUAAUAUGGGGGAAUAUAUUUUAAAUAAUUUAAAAAAUAACUAUUUUAGUCCUUUCUAAAGGGACAGCUGUCAGAGCAUCACAGUUAUGUAUAAAUCCCUUCAGAACAUUGUUAUUAAACAGAUGGCUGAGUGACCAUGAGAUGGGUUUUUAAGACCCAAGCGUCUGAAAAUCUUCUGAAUCCUUAAGUUUUUGCGGUGAAAGCCAAGGAGACACUUCGUAACAGAGUCUGUGUGCUUGGCUUAGUCCCGGCUAAAGUGGAAGGUCUGGUAUGAGCUUUCUCUACAUUCCGUUAUAAAGCAUGUGAUUGUAAUUUUUUUUGACUAGUUAAAAAUUUAUUCCAGUGUGUGUGUGUGUGUGUAUAUGUAUGUGUGUGUGAGUGUGUGAAAUGAAAUGAAUGAGCUGAUAUUGAUGAAGGGUGCCUCUCCUCGGAGACGUAUGGUACAGUAUGCAAUCCCAGCUCUCACUCAAUGAUAAUCAAAACGAUAGUGCUGUGUGACGAUAGAAAUCGUUCCUAACUUCAGGGUUUGUGCGUGUGUGCGAGCGGAUGCGUUUGUGUGGAUGUAUGUGUGUGUGUGUGUGUGUGUUGUAUGACAGGAACUGACUACAGAUGGGGUGCUUUCCUCUGCACACAAUAAGCCAGCUUUACUAAGUACUUGAUCCAUCAAGCUGCAAAGACGGUACUUUUGUCAUUUUAAAAAUGGUACAUAAUAUUUCCGAGGACAGGAUUUAUCCUAAAACAAAGAACACAUUCUUUAGGUUUUCUUUUUUUAAACUAAAACAAGAUGUUGGUUCUGGAUACAGCUGGAGUCAGCGGCGGCUCUGUGGCCUGGGAUGGGUAGAGCUCCUCAGCAAAGCUGGUUCCUGCUUUGUGCUAAUGUGAAACCGUCUCCCAUUGUUGUAGUCUCGAUCUGUAGCAUGUUCAGGUAGCACUAGUACUGUAGCAUCCUAUAGCCUCCUCUUCUUCGUAAAGCUUGUUGAUGUCAUGUCUCAGUUACAGUCCGUAGUGUCAAUGAGUGCGCAAACUGUUACUACUAUAGCACAUUUAUUUCGUAUUUGCAUCAAGCCUCCUUCAAUAGACACACAUUUAGGUGGCGCAGCGUAUGUUUUGGAGAGAUGUGGGAUAAGCUUGACGUGUUAUUGAGCUCAACCUUGUCUUCUAAGAAGGUAACAGUAAAAACGGUGCCUACAUCCAGUGGAGCCAUGUGGGUUAGAGUGCUGGUUUGUCUUCGCUUCCUUUUUCUUUUCUUUCAUUUGAGCCACCGUGCCACAUUAGACUUCCUCCAUUCAUGCAACGCAGUAAACAGAGUUGAUGUGACCCCCUAAAACAUACAGGCCUAAUGGAUACAUUAAACACGCAGGCAUGUACAUGUUCUAUGUCAGCAUCUACUCAUAUAGUUGCCAUCGCCACCAUAUAACUUCUUUUAGCCAAAUGUUUGCGAGUGUUUUGACUGAACAGGAAAAAUUUGCACUGUUGUAGAUAUUUGAUAGUAUGCGUGACGUAUGCAAGAGGAAACAGGCCAUCUUCAAUAGCCAUAAUGUUCAUUAUCGCCCACCUCAUGAAACAGGCUUCGUGGAUUUUCCCCUCCUUGCUCGAAAAAAAAAAAAAAGUUGCACCACAGAUAUGAUCUCACGUUUAGUUUUAUUAAAUUUUAAACAGAGGAGCAGUACAGUGUAUGUAAAUCAGGAAGUUUGUAUAUAGAGAAUUAAUGAUUGUAACUGUAUGAUUGUCUGUAGGGCAUUAUACUGAAACACAUUGCUUACCUCAAGACUCGAGACAAAUCUCUCCUUUCUUUCUCCUAUUUGUUUGGCCUCUCAGUCAAACUCUAUCUUUUUAUGUUUCCUUGUACCCUAGGCCUUCUCUCAUACCAAUUGGACAUGUUAUAUAAUGUAUAUUCAACACCUGAAGCACUACGUAAUAGCAAACUAACACAAAAGCUGGUCAAUGUUAUGUGUAUUCUAUUUAAAGACACAUUUAUAGACACUAUAUAGGCCCACGUGCGCUCUGGUACACAUCUGCAGACGAUUAAAACUCCUUUUCAAAAUGA